GGGGUAAGCCACACACACCAGUCACCUGGCCCUUGCUCUGCCCCCACCAAGCUCCACAGUCGGAUCACAGGAGCUGCUCACGCCUGACUCAGCCAUCAUGGAGGGGGAUGCUGGGAGCGCCCCCUGUGAACACUUUGAGGCCAGUGUGCUCACCCGGAGCUGCCAUCAACACUGCUGUUACCCUGAGGAGACCCACAGGGCAGGGUACCAGGAACCUGGCAGCCCUCUCAACACCGAGGUGCCAUACUGCGACCUGCCCCGCCGCCCACCUGUCUCUGCAGACCCACCAGGGUCCUCCAGUGCCGCCUGCCAGUCCAACUUAGGCCUGGGCCUUGGGUCAGGACCCCAGAGGAGUCCUUCUGCCGGGCUCCCCACAGAGCGCCCUGCAGCUGUCCACAAGAGCCAGGACCCUGAGACAGCGCCUUAUCUGGAGGGCCUGACUCCCACCCCAUGGGACCGAGUCCAGGAGGCCUCCAGCUGCAGCCCCAGUUCCAGCCUUAACUGUGACGCCCCUGAUGCUGCCAGCACCUCAGCCUCUGUGGACUGGGUCAAGAGGCAGGUGGAGACCCACAGCUGUGACGAGCUCACCGUGAUGAUCCCACGGAAGGCCCAGGAGGGACCCAGAGCUGACAGUGCCCGCAGAACCCCGGCUGUCCCUGUCACCUGCAGGUCUCCUGCAGGUGGAGACACCACAGGCCAGAGAAAGGAGGACACUGGGGCUAGGAGCCGAAGCGCUGGGCAGCACUGGGCAAAGCUGCGGGGAGGAAGUGGCUCCUUCUUGGAACAGCACCGACCAGCACAGCACCGACCAGCACUUGCCUCAAUUCCAACCACACCACAGACCGGACCUUGGAGUGCCACCUCCCAACUUUCUUCUCUCCCUCGGUUUGCCCAGAGGGAUGGCACCCAGGUUGCUUCUGCUCAACUUGAUAUCCCUCCAGCCUCUUCUUCUUCCCUACUUAGUCAGCGGGAUAACCCCAGAACCGUGUCCGCUCAACAGGAUACGCCCAAGACCUCUUUCACACAACGGAACACUCCCCGAGCAUCUUCUCCUUCCAGAAUUACCCAGAGGGACAAUCCCAGAUCCUCAUCUACCCAACAAAAUAACUCCCAAGUUUCCUCUCCCUCAAGAGCCACCCAACAAGACAACUCUAGAGCCUCUUCUAUUCAACAGGAUAGCCCUCAAACUUCUUGCACUCACCAAUGGGACAAAAUCAGAACAUAUUGUUCCCAACGAGACAACUCCAGAGACUCCUCACCCAACAGAACCACCCAAAGGGAAAAUUCUAGAACAGCCUGUGCCCAAAGGGACAAUCCUAGAACCUCUUCGCCCAACAGAACAAGCCAAAGGGAAAGUUCUAGAACAGCAUGUACCCAACGAGACAACCCCAGAGCCUCUUCUCCUAACAGAACCACCCCAAGGGAAAAUUCUAGAACAGCCUGUGCCCAAAGGGACGAUCCUAGAACUUCUUCGCCCAACAGAACCACCCCAAGGGAAAAUUCUAGAACAGCGUGUACCCAACGAGACAACCCCAGAGCCUCUUCUCCUAACAGAACCACCCCAAGGGAAAAUUCUAGAACAGUGUGUACCCAACAAGACAACCCCAGAGCCUCCUCACCCAACAGAACCACCCCAAGGGAAAAUUCUAGAACAGCUUGUGCCCAAAGGGACAAUCCUAGAACCUCUUCUCCCAACAGAACCAUUCAAAGGGAAAAUUCUAGAACCUCCUAUACCCCACAAGACAACCCCAGAACCUUCUCUCCCAACAGAACCACUCAAAGAGAAAAUUCUAGAACAAUCUGUGUCCAACGAGACAGCCCCAGAGCCUCUUCUCCCAACAGAACCUCCCCAAGGGAAAAUUCUAGAACAGUGUGUACCCAACAAGACAACCCCAGAGCCUCUUCUAACAGAGCCACCCCAAGGGAAAAUUCUAGAACAGUGUGUACCCAACAAGACAACCCCAGAGCCUCUUCUCCUAACAGAGCCACCCCAAGGGAAAAUUCUAGAACCUCCUAUACCCCACAAGACAACCCCAGAACCUUCUCUCCCAACAGAACCACUCAAAGAGAAAAUUCUAGAACAAUCUGUGUCCAACGAGACAGCCCCAGAGCCUCUUCUCCCAACAGAACCACUCAGAGGGAACAUUCUAGAACAGCCUGUGCCCAAAGGGACAAUCCUAGAGCCUCCUCUCCCAGCAGAACCACCCAAAGAGAAAAUUCUAGAACAAUCUGUGUCCAACGAGACAGCCCCAGAGCCUCUUCUCCCAAUAGAACCACUCAAAGGGAAAAUUCUAGAGCAUUCUGUGCCCAACAAGACAACCCUAGAACCUGCUCUCCUAAUAGAAAUACCCAAACGGACAAGCCAAGAACCUCUUGUGCUCAACAGAACACCAGAACCUCUUCUACCCAACGAGACAACCCUAAGGCCUCUUCUGCCCAACGAAACAACACUGCAUCCUCUUCCUUUCGGCAGGACAACCCGGGAACCUCCUCCCCUCAGUGCUGCACCCAACAGGACAAUCCUGGACCCUCAUCUCCACAUCGCUCUGCUCAAAAGAAUAAUCCUAGGAAUGCCUCUCCUCACGGCACUAACAAAGACAUCCCCUGGGCUUCCUUUCCUCUCCGGCCAACCCAGAGCGAUGGCCCCCGAACAGCUUCCCCAUCUCACUCCAAGCAAAGUGAUGUUCCCUGGGCAUCCAUUGCCCUCCGGCCAACCCAAGGGGACAGACCUCAGAGAUACUCGUCCACUAGACCAGCCCGGUCCUCCGGCAGCCCCAGCCUGUACAACUCACCAUCCCGGGUCACUUCCUCUUCCCAUAACCCCGACCACCAAGGUGCCUCCCAGACCUGCUCGCCUCUAUACCCGGCUACCCGUCCGGCAUUCCAGACCCCCUCUGAGCCCUCUCAACCUCCAUGUGCUGUGUGCAUUGGGCACCGGGACGCCCCUCGAGCCUCUUCCCCUCCUCGAUACUUUCAACAUGACCCCUUUCCCUUCUUCCCAGACCCACAUGCCUCUGAGAGUGAGUCACCUCACCACGAGCCCCCCUACAUUCCCCCAGCUGUGUGCAUUGGACACCGGGAUGCCCCCCGGGCUUCCUCACCACCCCGCCAUGCCCAGUUUGACCCCUUCCCCUUCCUUCCAGACACAACAGAUGUUGAAAACCAGUCCCCCCAGCACGAGCCUCCCCAGCUCCCCCCGCCUGUGUGUAUUGGGUACCGUGACAUGCCCCGGGCCUCCUCCCCACCUCGCCAGGCCCCGGAACCCUCUCUCUUGUUCCAGGACCUCCCUAGGACCAGUACCGAGAGCCUUGUCCCCUCCACAGACUCCCUGCAUGAGCCCCCCCAUAUGCCCACCCCCGUGUGCAUCGGGCACCGGGACGCACCCUAUUUCUCAUCCCCACCCCGCCAACCCCCUGAGCCCUCCCUCUUCUUCCAGGACCCCCCAGGGACCAGCAUGGAGAGCCUGGCCCAGUCCACAGACUCCCUGCAUGGCUCCCCGUUGGUGCCUCCCCCUGUGUGCAUUGGACACCGGGACGCGCCCCGAGCCUCCUCCCCACCCCGCCACCCACCUAGUGACCUGACCCUCUUGGCAUCCUCACCUCCGCCAGGCAGCUCGGGGGGUUCCCGGGGCUCAGCCGCCCCUGGGGAGACCAGGCACAACUUGGAGAGGAGGGAGUACACAGUACUGGCUGACCUGCCCCCGCCCAGGAGGCUGGCUCAGCGGGCCCCAGGGCCCCAGUGCAGCAGCGGGGGCCGCACACGCAGCCCAGGCCGAGCAGAGGUGGAGCGCCUCUUCGGGCAAGAGCGCAGGAAGUCUGAGGCACCAGGGGCCUUCCAGGCCCAGGACGAGGGGAGGUCGCAGCAGCCGGGCCAAGGUCAGAGUCCACUUCUCCGGAGACAGUCCAGCCCUGCCCUCAGCAGGGAGGUAAGCAAGCACCAUGAGAAGCAGAGAGAGCCAGCCAGGCGGAGCCGAGCAGAUCCCCCUCAUCCCAGGAGCCCUGAGAGGCGGCUGGAGGGGGACCGGCGGCUCUGGGGAUCCUCACCACCCCCGAAGACAUCGGCCAGGACCCCCGAGAGGGAGCAGCGAACAGAGAGUGACCGGGCUGGCCUGAGACAGCCUCUGGGUGGGUGGCAAAGCCAGGAGGAGCUACCAGGACCCCAGGGCCCUCACAGACCCCUGGAGAGAAGCUGGGGUAGCCAGGCAGAGGGCCCGGGCCUGGGGGGCUGGCGAGGACUGGAGGAGCCUAGCCAGGGGACUGCCAGAGCCCCAGAGGGGACACUGAGGGGCCCUUCCAGGGAAUCAGAAGAGAGCUGGGGUCAGCUGGGUGGCCUGGCCUGCCUCAGUGGGCAGGAGAACUGGGAAACGACUCCCAAGCCAUCUCAGAGGGGCUGGGGCAGCCUGCAGGAGCUGCCCUGUCCUCAUCAGCCUUUGAGCCCCCCAGGGAGCUCCAGGGCAGACCUCCCAGCAUUCUUGAAAUCCCAGCAACCUGAGAUGUCCACUGUCCUGGGCCAGGGCCCCGAGGGAGCAUGCGCACACCUGCAUAGCCCUGAGAAGGACCCUGUAGUGCUCUGGAGGGACCUGGCAACACUCCUGGGGGUCCCUGGCGAUGCCUCCCAGCUCCCCAGGCUGUACUGGGAGGGCUUCCUGGAACUCCUGCAGGCCCAGCUGUCCCGCAAGGGCCCAGCUGGACACUGGGGUAGCUUGGCUGCCACUUCAGCACAAGAGCUGGACUCCAUGGAGGACACAAAGGGGACCUUGGAACGAGAGCAGGACAGCCAGCAUGGAGGCAAGGCCGAGGAUACCCUUGUCAAUGGACACGGUCCAGGACAGUGGUCCCAGAGCUCAGUCCAGCUGCCCAGCCCUGUGUGCACCUCCACCCAGUGGCCAAAACCUGAAACAACCAGAAGUGAACCGGGGAUCUCAGCUGUGACAAGUCUGGAGGAAUUGGGCCAGGGCACCAGGAGCCCAGCAGAGGGGCCUGGCUCACCAGAGCAGAAGUUCCAAUCAGAGGAGCCUGAGGAGCCAGAACCAAGCAGAGACCAAGACCCACUCACCGACCAGAAGCAGGCAGACUCGCCCGAUCUGCUCAACUUUAAGAAGGGAUGGAUGUCAAUCUUGGAUGAGCCCGGAGAGUGGAAGAAGCACUGGUUCGUGCUGACCGAUUCAAGCCUCAGGUACUACAGGGACUCAACGGCAGAGGAGGCCGAUGAGUUGGAUGGCGAGAUCGACCUGCGCUCUUGCGCGGACGUCACUGAGUAUGCAGUGCAGCGCAACUAUGGCUUCCAGAUCCACACUAAGAAUGCUGUCUAUACCUUGUCGGCCAUGACCUCAGGCAUCCGGAGGAACUGGAUUGAAGCUCUGAGGAAGACUGUGCGUCCAACUUCAGCCCCAGAUGUCACCAAGCUCUCGGAUUGUAACAAGGAGAACACGCUGCAUGGCUAUGGCUCCCAGAAAGGCUCCCUGAAGGCCGACGAGCAGCGGGGGGUCUCCGAGCUCAUUGGCCGGGGCACCCCCAGGAAGCUCGAUGGGCAGCGGCAGUCCCUGGACUAUGUGGAGCUCUCCCCUCUGACUCAGGGCUGCCCACAGCGGGUGCGCACCUCGGCCCGCACCCUCGACCGUCCUGCCAAGCAGGAGGAGCUGGAACGGGACCUGGCCCAGCGCUCUGAGGAGCGACGCAAAUGGUUUGAAGCCACAGACAACAAAACCACAGAGACACCAGCGGGGGAAGUACCGCGCCGCGGGCUGGGCGCCCCUCUGACUGAGGACCAGCAGAGCCGGCUCAGUGAGGAGAUUGAAAAGAAGUGGCAGGAGCUGGAGAAGCUACCCCUGCGUGAGAACAAGCGGGUGCCCCUCUCUGCCCUGCUCAACCAAAGCCGAGCUGAACGCCGGGGGACCCCCGGGGACAGCCAGGAGGCCCUGGAGAAGGAGGUUCAGUCUCUUCGUGCCCAGCUUGAGGAAUGGCGCCUCCGAGGGGAGUCUCCACAGAAUGCGCCUAGGCCCCAGGCGGACGGCCACAUCCCUCCGGGUUACAUCUCCCAGGAGGCAUGUGAGCGCAGCCUGGCGGAGAUGGAGUCCUCGCACCAGCAGGUGAUGGGGGAGCUGCAGCGGCACCACGAGCGGGAGCUGCAGCGGCUGCAGCAGGAGAAGGAGUGGCUGCUGGCAGAGGAGACGGCAGCCACAGCCUCAGCCAUUGAAGCCAUGAAGAAGGCCUACCAGGAGGAGCUGAGCCGGGAACUGAACAAGACAAGGAGUCUCCAGCAGGGCCCAGAUGGCCUCCGGAAGCAGCACCAGUCAGACAUGGAGGCACUGAAGCGGGAGCUGCAGGUGCUGUCGGAGCAGUACUCGCAGAAGUGCCUGGAGAUCGGGGCCUUGACGCGGCAGGCGGAGGAGCGGGAGCACACACUGAGGCGCUGUCAGCAGGAGGGCCAGGAGCUGCUGCGGCACAACCAGGAGCUCCACACCCACUUGUCGGAGGAGAUCGACCGGCUCCGUAGCUUCAUCGCCUCUCAGGGUACAGGCAGUGGCUGUGGGGGGCGCAGCAACGAGAGGAGCUCCUGUGAGCUAGAGGUGCUGCUACGAGUGAAGGAAAAUGAGCUUCAGUACCUGAAGAAGGAGGUGCAGUGCCUCCGCGACGAGCUUCAGACGAUGCAGAAGGACAAGCGCUUCACCUCGGGAAAGUACCAGGACGUGUACGUGGAACUGAACCACAUCAAGACACGGUCAGAGCGGGAGAUUGAGCAGCUGAAGGAACACUUGCGCCUGGCCAUGGCCGCCUUGCAGGAGAAGGAGGCGACACGCAACAGUCUGGCCGAGUAGAGGCUGCGGAGUGUAGCUCUGCUGCGGCCCUCAGCUCCAUGGGACCAGUCAUGCUCCCUUCCUGCUGGAUGGAAGUCAGAAGCCAAGCUUUCCCCUACCCUCUGGACGGCACCUACAGACACAGCUGUCACACACACACACACACACACACACACACACACACACACUGCGUACCUGAGCGCACCCCUCGCACUGGGUCUUACUUUGCACCUUCUUCAGGAUUUUAUAUGUGAAGAGAUUUUUAUAUAGAUUCCCCUAACACCCCCCCAAAAAAAACAAACAAAAAACACGUUUUGAGAAGCAGAUACUGGCAGCUGUGUAUCUCCACCCCAGGCCUGCAGCCAGCCCAGGCCCAGCAGCCUCUGUGGCCAGGUCGGCUCUGCAGAGGGAGGCAGGGAGCCAGCUACCUGCUUCCUACCUUACCUCCUACUAACUACUUCCUGGCAGGGGGAACCCCAGCCCCAGGACUCUGGGCAGAGGGACAGAUGGACAGAGGGAACCUGCAGCUGUCCCUCAGUUCCAUUUCCUCCUCUGAAGGGGUGCUGGGCAUGGCUGCCCCAUGAAGGUGUUUCUCUCCUGCUCCAUGAACCUCCCUAACUUAAUAAAAGGUUCCAGCAGC